GAAUGCUUGCGUAUGUCAAAAGCCGCAGUGUAUCCAUGUGCUGUAGACUAGAGCGACACACCAACAAUUACCAAAGCCUGCUCCUCUCCUACAGGUCAAACACCAAGCAAUCCUCCUGAUUACUUCAAGGAAAUGUAUAUAUUUUAGUGUAACGUAAUUCGCAAUCUCAGUUCCGAUCCCUUUUAUGAAAUCAGGUCUUCAAAGUGACUCACUUGGAGCCUGAUUUCGUUACCCCUUCCAUAGAUUCAAAGAAUUAUAUGCUUUACUCUCGCUGAAGGGGGAAAUGGGCUGCUCCUUUUCUGGGUUGAAUGCUCUGUACGACGCCGUUAAUGGGGGCGGAGACAUUUGGAUCAACGAGAAUCGCUUUAGGAUCGUUAGGCAGCUCGGAGAAGGUGGGUUUGCCUAUGUGUUUCUGGUCAAAGAGGUUGUUACCGACUCGUCUUCUGCCUCUGGCGGCGGUCUCGCCAAGAAAUUGAAGGACCCAUCUCGUCUCUCUGAUGAUGGCUCUUAUGCUUUGAAGAAAGUAUUAAUCCAGAGCAGCGAACAAUUGGAGCUGGUGAGGGAGGAGAUACGUGUUUCCUCGCUUUUUAGUCAUCCCAAUCUACUUCCCCUGCUUGACCAUGCUAUAAUUGCAGUUAAGUCUACUACGGAAGGAUCUUGGAAACAUGAAGCAUACUUGUUAUUUCCAGUUCACUUGGAUGGAACAUUACUGGACAAUACCCAGACCAUGAAAGCUAAGAAGGAAUUCUUUUCCACAUUGGAUGUUUUAGAGAUAUUUCGACAGCUUUGUGCAGGACUGAAGCAUAUGCACAGUAACGAACCUCCUUACGCACACAAUGAUGUGAAACCUGGUAAUGUUCUUUUGACUCAUAGAAAAGGGAAGUCACCUCUUGCCAUAUUGAUGGAUUUUGGUAGUUCUCGACCUGCAAGAAAAGAAAUCCGUUCUCGUUCGGAGGCACUCCAAUUGCAGGAAUGGGCAUCUGAGCAUUGUUCAGCACCUUUCCGAGCACCGGAGCUAUGGGAUUGUCCAAGCCAUGCAGACAUUGACGAGAGAACUGACGUUUGGUCAUUGGGAUGUACUUUGUAUGCAACAAUGUAUGGGAUAUCUCCAUUUGAGUAUGCACUUGGAGAAUCUGGUGGAAGCCUUCAAUUGGCAAUUGUAAAUGCACAAAUUAAAUGGCCAGCAGGACCUAAUCCUCCAUAUCCUGAUGCUCUUCACCAGUUUGUUAAAUGGAUGCUUCAGCCUCAGGCUACAGUUCGACCUCGUAUCGAUGAUAUCGUUCUUCACGUUGACAAGUUGAUUGCGAAGUUCUCUAAUUAGAUAAACGAAACAGAAGUUGAUCAUUGUACACAGUUUCGACAACUUUUGUGCGUUGACGCUAGCAUGCCAGUUUAAGCGGGUACAAUUUGUCAUCUCAGAUUAUUUUCUGUUGUCUAGCAUAGCUGAUAAUUGGUUCAAAUUUUUUUCUCUUCCUCUUAAAACCAUAAAUCCUCAAGUUUUCCUCUAGUUUGUAGAACUCCAGGGGAUUCUUCUAUACAUCUGUUGCGUGUACUUUCUAGGAUUGUUGAUUGUUGCAUAAAGUAUAAUUACAUCAAAA